GCAUGGUGGAUCCCCAAUGAAUAGCGAUGCCAUCCCAGCUUUCGAGUCUCGCUCCGGCUUUGACUCUCUUCCCAAGCCUGAAACCCCCUCACAAAACCCUACUUUUUCACCAAAUCUUAGUUCUUGUUAUCACAUUCCUUGCAUAUGCUUCCUUCCAUGCCUCCCGAAAGCCUCCCAGUAUUGUGAAGAGUGUUCUGGGACCGACGAUUAAUUCCAAUUCGACUCAAGGUUCUAUUAUCGGACCCGGCGAAACAGGUUGGCCUCCGUUCAAUGGAGAUAGGGGAACUCACCGGCUUGGCGAGCUGGAUCUCGCUUUUCUUUCUUCCUACGCUGUGGGCAUGUACGUGGCAGGUCAUAUUGGUGAUCGAAUUGAUUUGAGGUUGUUCCUUGUAUUUGGGAUGAUGGGUAGUGGCAUUUUUACCAUACUUUUUGGCUUAGGCUAUUGGUUUGAUAUUCAUGUGUUGGGGUUUUUUAUUGGAGUUCAAAUUAUUUGUGGGUUGUUUCAGUCAAUAGGGUGGCCUUGUGUGGUUGCAGUCGUGGGUAAUUGGUUUGGAAAAUCAAAGCGGGGCUUGAUAAUGGGGAUAUGGAGUUCUCAUACCUCAGUUGGGAACAUCAUUGGUUCGAUUGUUGCCUCUGCAGUGUUAGAAUUCGGAUGGGGUUGGUCCUUUGUGGUGCCUGGACUUCUUAUCAUUUGUAUGGGGAUUCUGGUGUAUGUGUUUCUUGUUGUGAGUCCAGAGGACAUGGGAUUUGUGCAAUCUGCAAGUGAGAUUGAAAUGAAUGUAGAAACAGAUGGAGUAGAGAAUGUGCAAAAAUCGGAAACAGAGGAAGCAAAACUCCUUGAUUCUGAUGAUUCGGAUUCUUCAUCUGCAAUUGGGUUUUUUGAGGCGUGGAAGUUACCUGGGGUGGCUGCAUUUGCCUUUUGUCUCUUUUUCUCUAAGCUGGUUGCUUACACUUUUCUCUAUUGGUUGCCCUUCUACAUUAGGCACACAGCUGUUGCGGGUGUGCAUUUGUCUAAAAAAUCUGCUGGAAUACUUUCAACAAUAUUUGACGUUGGAGGAGUUCUUGGUGGAGUUAUGGCUGGCUUCAUUUCUGACAUGAUUGAAGCUCGGGCCGUUACUUCUAUCAUAUUCUUGUUCCUAUCAAUUCCAAUGCUGGUUCUCUACCGGCUUUAUGGGAGCCUCUCUAUGUUGAUCAACAUUGCGUUGAUGUUCCUUUCGGGCUUUUUGGUGAAUGGUCCGUAUGCACUAAUCACAACUGCUGUGGCAGCUGAUCUUGGUACACAGACGUUGAAUCAAGGGAAUUCACGAGCACUGGCAACUGUGACUGCAAUCAUUGACGGUACUGGUUCUGUUGGAGCCGCUCUUGGGCCACUCUUGGCAGGGUAUAUUUCUACUAGGGGAUGGAACAGUGUCUUCUUUAUGCUAAUUCUGUCUAUUUUCCUUGCUGGCUUGUUCCUAGUUCGUGUGGCAAGAACUGAGAUCAGAGAUAAGAUGAAUGCAAUAAAGUGAUUUUGGAAAUAGAAUGGUAGAAAUACAUUUUUGUUAAUUUAGGCCAGGGAUGCCAUUGGUGUUUUAUAUGUUAGAGAAGUCACAGGAUAUGAAAUACAGAUGAGAUCAUUAUCAUUCAACUUUGUAUUAUUUACUCAUUCUUUGUUCACUGAUACAGAAUAUAUAAUAUUGGUUGAUUUUGUUUUUUAAGAGAGAUAA